AUGGACAAGAAGAGGAUUGCUGUAAUUGGAGCUGGAAUUAGUGGACUGGGAGCCAUUAAGUGCUGCUUGGAUGAAGACCUGGAGCCUACUUGCUUUGAAAGAAAUGAUGAUAUCGGAGGUCUAUGGAAAUUUCAAAAAUCUACUUCUGAGAAAUUGCCUAGUAUCUAUAGAUCUGUGACCAUCAACACUUCCAAGGAGAUGAUGUGCUUUAGUGACUUCCCUAUACCUGAUCAUUUUCCAAACUACAUGCACAACUCUAAGCUCAUGGACUACUUUAGGAUGUAUGCCAAACACUUCGAUCUCCUGAAGUACAUUCGUUUUAAGACAAAAGUGCGAAGUGUAAGGAAGCAUCCAGAUUUUUCCCUCACUGGACAGUGGGAAGUUGUGGUGGAGGCUAAUGGCCAACAGGAGACUCUGGUCUUCAAUGGGGUCUUGGUCUGCAGUGGUCACCACACUGACCCCUACUUACCCCUUCAUUCCUUCCCAGGAAUUGAGAAGUUUGAAGGCUGUUAUUUCCAUAGUCGGGAGUACAAAAGUCCUGAGGAGUUUUUAGGAAAAAGAAUCAUAGUGGUUGGCAUUGGGAAUUCUGGAGUGGACAUUGCAGUGGAGCUCAGUCGUGUAGCAAAACAGGUAUUUCUUAGUACUAGACGAGGAGCAUGGAUUCUACAUCGUGUUUGGGAAAAUGGGUAUCCCAUGGAUACUGCUUUCUUCACUCGUUUCAAUAGUUUUCUACAGAAAAUAGCAACCACAGCUGUAAUCAAUAACCGACUUGAAAAAAUAUUGAACUCAAGAUUCAAUCACGCACACUAUGGGCUCCAACCUAAGCACAGGCCUUUAAGUCAGCAUCCAACUGUUAACGAUGACUUGCCCAAUCACAUCAUCUCUGGAAAAGUCUGCAUGAAGCCCAAUGUGAAAGAGUUCACAGAGACAGAUGCCAUUUUUGAUGAUGGCACCAUAGAAGAGAAGAUUGAUGUUGUCAUCUUUGCUACAGGAUAUAGUUUUUCUUUUCCCUUCCUUGACGGUCUGAUCAAAGUUUCUAAUAAUGAAGUGUCCCUGUAUAAACUUAUCUUCCCUCCGGACCUUGAGAAGCCCACACUGGCUGUCAUCGGUCUUAUACAGCCUCUGGGUAUCAUCCUACCUAUUGCAGAACUCCAGUCUCGCUGGGCCACAAGAGUGUUCAAAGGGUUGAGUAAAUUGCCCUCAGAGAGAAGUAUGAUGGCAGAGAUUGCCCAGAGGAAAAAGAAUAUGAACAAACGGUAUGUCAAGACCCCACGCCAUACGAUCCAAGUAGACCACAUUGAGUACAUGGACGAGAUAGCCAGCCUGGCGGGGGUAAAGCCCAACCUGCUGCUUCUCUUUCUCUCAGACCCAAAAUUGGCCAUGGAAGUUUUCUUUGGCCCAUGUACGCCAUACCAGUACCGCCUGCAGGGGCCAGGGAAGUGGGACGGGGCCCGGAGAGCCAUCCUGACCCAGAGAGAGCGGAUCAUCAAGCCCCUGAGGACCCGCAUUACCAGUGACAACAGUCACUGCUCCUCAGAGCCCUCUUGGAUUAAGAUGGCACCUGUUGGGUUGGCAUUUCUUAUUGCUGGCUUAGCCUACUUUAGAUAUAUUCAUUAUGGUAAAAGGAAAUAA